GCGCCGCAGGUGCCCCGGAAGCGGCGGGUGGUGCCCCGGAAGCGGCGCGGACAGAGUGGCGAUGGCGGCAGAGGAGCCUCAGCAGCCGCAACCGGAGCCGCUCGGCGGCAGCGACGCGGACGGCGUGAACUGCCUGGCCUACGACGAGGCGAUCAUGGCGCAGCAGGACCGCAUCCAGCAGGAGAUUGCAGUGCAGAACCCGCUGGUGUCGGAGCGCCUGGAGCUCUCGGAGCUCUACAAGGAGUACGCCGAGGAUGACCACGUGUACCAGGAGAAGAUCAAGGAUCUGCUCCAGAAAUAUUCCUACAUCCGGAAGACACGUCCAGACGGGAAUUGUUUCUACCGCGCCUUCGGCUUUGCCCACCUGGAGGCUCUGCUGGAGGAUGGGCAGGAGCUGCAGCGGUUCAAGGAGGUGUCAGCGCGCAGCAAGGAGGAGCUGGUGGCACAAGGCUUCACUGAGUUCACUAUCGAGGACUUCCACAACACGCUGAUGGAGCUAAUCGAGCGUGUGGAGCGCCGUGUGCCGCUGCCAGAGCUGCUGGCGGCCUUCAACGAACCGGCAACCUCGGACUACCUGGUGGUUUACCUGCGACUGCUGACCUCGGGCUGCCUCCAGCGCCACCGCCGCUUCUUUGAGCAGUUCCUCGAGGGUGGCCGCAGCAUCAAGGAGUUCUGCCAACAGGAAGUGGAGCCCAUGUGCAAGGAGAGCGACCACAUCCACAUCAUCGCGCUGGCGCGGGCGCUGCACGUCUCCAUCCUAGUGGAAUACAUGGACCGGGGCGAGGGCGGCGCCACAAACCCGCACGUGUUUCCUGAGGGCUCGCAGCCCCGUGUCUGCCUCCUCUACCGCCCUGGCCACUACGACAUUCUCUACAAGUGACCCCUCUGGCAUGAGGGGCCUUGUGCCACCCCCCAGCCGUGGGGCCCUGACCCCACAGGCCCUCUUGUGACCUCCCAACCCCCUUCCCAUCCCCCAAUAAAGAUGC